AUGAAUGACAUCAAAAAGCUUUUCUCCUUAAAUAAAUACUUCAAUAUCAAGACUUUCAAUGACAAAACAAUAUUAGUAUUAAACAAACCUAGUAAAAUAUUGUCGGAAAAUAUUUAUCUUAGCUGGUUAACGUCCAUCAAUUCGAAAACAAAUCAAACAUUCCCAGUAUAUAUUGGCAAAGAUGCUUCACAAAAAAAUAAAGAAAAACAUAUGGGAUACAUAGAACCAAUAAUCCCAAAAUUAGAUGAGAUUACCCUUCAAAAUGAUGGCGCUGAGUACAAACUAUUAGAGAAUGUUAAAUGUAAAUUCAACAUCAUCUUUCCCCAUGAAGAUCUGAUGCAGUAUUUCAUACAAUGGCAAAGAUAUAGGAAGUAUUGGUGGAGUUCAAUUACAACCACACCAAGCUUGUUUACAAUCAGCGAUAUGAAAAACGGAGAUGAGAGAUCAGAUGUUAACAUCACUGCAAAUUUUAAUUGGGGGUCACAUGUUGUAGAAACUAUACAUGUACAGAAUAAUGUAGAAGUAACAAAUAAUUCCAAUAGAUCAUGUCUUCUCGUAUGUGCAAUGGGAUUGGAAAUGGCAUUGAUAACAUUAUUGAUGGAUGGUCUCACAAACGCAACGUAUUAUUUGAAACUGCACAACAGUAUGGCACCGUACAAAAUAUCUUUUGCAUUGGACAAUCAAGAUCCAAAAAAUACUCCUACAUUGAAAGACCUAUCCAACCUCCUUCAUAACAAACUAAGUUCAAGGGACAUAUCGGCAUGGCUACCAGAUUUCACUCUAUCAUUGCAAAGUCAGGUAAGGGAGAAUUUGGAAAUGGGCGUAACGUACACAGCCAUCUUAAACGACAACACUUUAGUUGAUGGAAUAUUCCACUUGUUGAACAGCAGCACCAUGUUGAGGGAGCAAGUACAUAUUUAUGAUUUUGAUUCAUACGCAGCUCUAUUAUGUGGGAAACAAACAAAGACGAAAUAGACGGUUAUAAUUGAGCAACAAUAUUUUUUGUUUUGUCAAAAUAUUUAAGGUAGAAUUAUAUGUUUGCAUUGUUGAUGUUAUUUAAUUAUAGUUAGAAAAUAAAUAUGAAGAAAUAAAAAUA